ACUGCAUGGCAUGUGUGCGUUCUUAUAAGAGUUCACAAGGGGGCGGCAAACCCGUUAAUGAUUACCUCUUGAACGAUCCCGAAUGCAGACGGACUAUUCGGCUGCUGAUAUCGAGGCGGCGACGAGUUUGCUCUUCUUUCAGUAUAUUUAUAUUUUCGUAACAACAAUAUGGACCUACGAUUAUGCCUGUUUGCUUCACGAAGAGUGGGAAUUCUUGCGUAUGUCGCACUGGACCAGUGUGAAAGGCCUCUAUAUCGUCACGCGAUAUGCCCCCUUUCUCCUCCUCGCCACAAAUCUAUAUUUGAGUUUUAUCCCAAACGAAACCCCAGGUAAAUGCCGGGUGUUGGACAAUAUUUGCUCAGGGCUCGAGAUAUUAUUAGCCGUUUGCUCUGAGUGCUUUUUCAUUCUAAGAACAUGCGCGCUCUGGGACAACAAUAGAACCUUCUUCACAACCAUUUUUAUUACCUUUUUCACUUUUAUCGCGGCCUCUAUCGGCGUUACCUUCGCCACCACUGCUCCCGCUACAUAUGCAAUUAGUGCGAUCCCCGGUAUCGCAGGGUGCUACCAGAGCUCGACUACCCUCCAGCUCUUCAUACCAUUUCUUUUAUUGUGCUCAUUCGAACUGGGACUCGCGGCUCUUACACUCAUACGUGCCAUACAGAACUGGCGGAAAAAUAAAGGGCGUCUGUACACUGUCCUGGUAAACCAUAACAUAUUUUAUUAUACAUGUGGUCUUUGUGAGUUAACACUUACACACGUCGUUUUUCCGUGUUUAUCCAUGGACAUUCUCUUCCCUCAAGUGUUCUCGGCGGCGAACAUAUUCACGUCACUGUUCCUCCAUUACUGCUACCAUGCCAUACUUCGCGAGUAUGUACCUUCACAAGCUUUUGCGCAAUUCUACUAACCAUGCCUGAAACGCCCAUUCAUGUAUAGUUUCCAGUUCAUUAUUCUUGCGAUUCUCACCACGCGUAUGCACCGAUAUCUCUGGCAGACGAAGCAACAGAUGUCUCAAUCUGAUGCUCCCGUGCAAUCUCCUAUGCCCGACGUGCCAGUGCCACCUGGAGAAUGUGCGGCGUGACAUCUUACCUGGUCGCUUACUCGGCGUCGUUUGUCCAGCGAGGUGUGUAUUGUACGAGAUUUGCGCAACUGAGAGAUUACCCGAUAUGGACGAUAGUGUGGCUGAACAUAUGACCAAACAAGUCCGUGUGAUGUCAUCAACACCCCGACGCGACAUUUGAAUGCAGCAAUUAACUCAGAAUGAGACCUCCCACCUCGCGAUACUAUCAUA